UUCUGUGACCCAACCAUUUGUCGUCAUAUAGAAAUCAUGAACUUGUCAUUUUGAUUGAUCGCUAUGUUAUGUAAAAAUUCGAGUUUAUUCUUCAUAAGAUGAUUUUAUCCAAAUUACUGCCAAAUUCUAGUCGAGUGUUCUCAUUAUCCAUCCAAAGAAGAUUUUUGAAGACAAGUAGCUACCGUUGCGAUUGCCAACAAGAAGAAAAAUGCAAACCUCCAAAGAAACCUUACAUUGCAGUCUGUACCAUAUCAGAUUCAAUGGUUGACCCCUCGAAGCCAGAACCUUCUAUAGUUAUUAUAGGAGCUGGAAUAGCUGGACUCUCAGCAGCCCAAAGAUUAGCUCACUGCGGUAUUAGUAAUUUUACUGUUCUUGAAGCAACAGAUAGACCCGGAGGAAGGAUUCAUUCAUGCUGGCUCGGCGACGUAAUAGCUGAAAUGGGGGCGCAGUACAUAGAGGGCGCUUGUGUAGGUAACCCCGUCUACAACCUGGCAGCUACAGAGGGUCUCAUCAAACAACCCCUCCUAAGAAGUGACUACAAAAAAGCCGUCUAUUGUACAAGUGAAGGCAGGGUUAUUGAAGAGUCUACUGCCAUCUUGGCCUAUCACACUUUCAUGAAGAUCAAGGAAGAAGCGCACAGCUUGUUUUCGGUGUGCUCAGGAAAAGAACAUGGAUCUCUCAUGAAUUUCUUAGGUUUGAGAAUACAACAAGAGCUGCAAAAUUUUGCGGAGGACCAAAGGUAUGACGCUUCAAGGAUUUUAUUCGGGUUGACAAACCACUUGAAAUAUAGACUAGGUGAUGACUUAUGCCAAGUUAGCGCAGACAACUAUGGAAGCUACAUAGAAAUACCUGGUGGACAAGUAAAAGUACCACUCGGUUUUGUUGGAGUUCUUGCGCCACUCAUGAGAGAGUUACCCGAGUGCAGUGUUCUAUACAACAAGCCAGUUUCUAAUAUCAAAUGGGGUGCAGUACAAACAAGAGAUAGGGGACCUAGAGCAGUCAUACAGUGUUGUGAUGGUUCGGAAUACUGUGCCGAUUAUGUCAUUGUAACUGUCUCCUUAGGCGUCCUCAAAGAACACGCGGAAAAAAUGUUUUGCCCACCUCUACCAUCGCCAAAAAUGGAGGCCAUAAGGUGCUUGGGUUAUGGCGCAGUUGACAAAAUAUUCCUCGACUACGACCGACCGUUUUGGGUGUGGAAAGAUGGCAACAUACAAUUCGCUUGGUCUCAAGAAGAGCUCUUAGCGAGGACCGACUGGACAAAGGGCCUCAGCGCAGUAGAGGAGGUGGAAGGAAGCAAACAUGUUCUCUGUGCCUACGUGGGUGGUCCUGAAGCAGCAGUAAUGGAGCAGGCGACCGACGAAGAAGUAGCCUCAUGUGUGACUAAAGUGCUGAGGAGAUUUACAGGAGAUGCGUCACUUCCUUAUCCCGAUACUAUAUUGAGAUCGAAAUGGGCUACAGAUCCAUAUUUCUGUGGGUCCUAUAGCUAUCUCAGUGUAAGUUCCAACGUGGGACACCAAUGUGAUCUCAGUUCUCCAGUUCCUGGUAUUUGUGACCCCCAACCACCUGUUCUUCUUUUUGCUGGAGAAGCAACUUGUGCUGGCCAUCAUUCUACUGUUCAUGGGGCAAGACUUAGUGGUAUAAGAGAAGCUCAGAGGAUAAUUACAUUAACCAAGAGGUAUGGUGGACCUCCUCCGAAAGAAAGUCAGUGAUGCUUCAACAAUUAUAUUUACUUGUACAAUACAUAAUUUAGCUGUUUUUUUAUUGGUCCUUCCAACACAUACAUAUAUACAUUUAUUGCAAUAAAUAAUUUAUAAAUAA